UGUAGGAGGCUUGUAAUUCCUUUGGCGUCGUCUUGGUAAAUUCUGGGAUCCGUAUUACCUCACCCGGUUCGGCUGAAUGAUGCAUAAUUUUACCUUUUUUUUUUUUUACUUCUUUUCUUAGCUGGGAUGGAAAUUCUACGAUGCAGACGACUACCAUUCCCCAGAGAAUAAAAAGAAGAUGGCAGAAGGGAUACCGCUAAAUGACGAGGGCAGGAUUCCCUGGCUUUGUGCAUUGCAUGAUAUACUGAGGAGAGAAGACUCAUCUAGACAAGAUGCAGUUCUGGCAUGUUCUGCACUGAAGAAGAUGUAUAGGUGCUUGCUAGUUAGUGGAACGUCUGCAACGGAAAGCAACCAGCCAGAGCAACCAGGAGAAAACACAGCGCUGAAGAUCCUCUUUGUACAUUUGGAUGGGCCUAUAGACGUCAUUGCUCGCCGCCUGGAGAAGAGGAGAGGACAUUUUAUGCCGCCUGAACUUCUCAAGUCUCAGUUUGAUACUCUGGAGCCUCCUAGCGCAUCAGAAAACUUUAUUACUGUCAGCAUAGAAAAAUCUCUCCCUGAAAUCGUGCUGGAGAUUGAGCACACCAUUUUUCAGGGUGAGGCUCUUCUGGAGUAAGUUUCUGACUUACACAUACAGAAAUUCCCAUAAGGCUAUCAAGGGUAUGAAACAGCAUUUUAAUUGUUAAAUGGCUUAUUUUUCCCAAUAAUUAAAAGGAUUGCAGUGUUAAAAGCUGGUUUACUACUGUUGGUGUUUUUAUCAUGACUCCGUAAGAGAUACAAGAUGAAAUGUUCAAAACCUGCUAACUUUUUAAACCCUUUACUUUAUAAAGUUAAAACUCCCAUUUUAGGAAGAGCCUGCUUUUGAAAAUCCUGCCAAGGGUCACACACAGUAAUUUAAUUUCUUCGUUUUAAUUUUUACUCUCUCAGACAUGGAGAUGGGCACAUCUGCUACUAAGCGAUGAAAUAAUUUACAGCUUCAUUAGAAAUAAUACAUUUGUUUUUUCUAGGAGCCUUAAGAGGCAAGAACAUGCAGAGUGAAGUUCCAUGGCUGACACAUGUCUCACUGCCAGGAUUUUCAACAAGUUGUAGUUUCUGUGAACACUUACUGUAUGCACUGAACACUGAGCUGAAAAAGAUGCGAAAAAAGGUAGUGGUGGUGAGACAAUACACAAAAUAUAAUUGUCUAAAAAGCUUAAAGUAUAAAUGGCAUCAUAAUUGGCUGUGAGCUCCCAUCUUUCAUGUACAACGCGUACCCACUGAAGUGCAUUGGAGAGUGAGUCCAGCAGUGAUCCAAGAUACUGAAUGAUAAACGUUUCCUUAUUCUAGACAACUUUUUCACAGUUGGACCUUUUCUUUCACUUCCCUUUUCUGGUGUGGCUUUAGUCUUCCACCUCAGCCGAUGUCCAGUCCAAUAUAUGCUUAUGGAUGGGUAAAGCAUACAACUGCUUUAAAGCUUAAGAUCAAACUAUUUCUAAUGCACGUUUUUCACAUUUUUUUUGUGACCAGAAAAUUCCAAAUACCAAAUCAUUUACCUAACUCACAAAAUUUAAGGUUAAAAUCCUUUUUUAUUGCCAAAGUGGUUUUUAAAAAGUUCUUUAUGCCUUGUUACACAAGAGUUGCCUUUUUACCAUAAUGAAAACUGCAGGUAAGUUUCUAUAAGAAAGCUUCGAGUCACAUCCCUACAGUGUCAUCCCCAUGUGCUGUUGCACAUGGAUUAUUUUUAAGGUGUCACAUGUUUUUUUUUAUUUCUAGGAUGAUGGAUGACCUUUAGAAGUAAAAAUCAUGUUUCAAAGCGUCUUUGGUGUAAUUUUUACCUGGGUAACUAGUUGAAAAAAUGUUUCUCUGGUUCUCAUAUAUUGAAUAGUAACAGCUUUGUGGUUUAUUAGGGAAACUACUGUGCUUAGAUCAGUGCAAUAAAUUGGCAUUAUCUGACUGAAAGCAGGCAUUUUUAGAUGAAGAUUUGGGAUUGCAGACAUUAACACACCCAUCCAGAAGUGGUCUUUUCCUGUUUGCUCAUGAGCUGGAGGAAGAAUAGCGGGCAGUCACCAGUUUUAGUCUGCUGCUGUACCCUACCGCAGCACUAGAAAAAACGCUUGCUCUUGCUUCAGGGCCUGUUUAUUCUGAGAGCCAAUGUGCAACUUUAAGGCUCAGAGGCAAGGUUAAGUGGAAGAGACAGGCAUGUCUGGCUGUCUUAACACCCCCAUAUUUCAGAGACUGGGCACCUCUUCAGAGCAAG